AGUAGAUGCAUGACACGUGACGGGCAGAUACGGGUUCAAAAUUUUUAAUUUCACAUGUUUGGAUCAGGUCGCGGAUUAUCCGCUAAUUUCAAUCUCGUACCUGACCGCCCUUUCUUUUUCCCUUCACCUAUUUCCCUCCCUUUUCCCUAUGUCUCCCCCCAUUUUUCCAUUUCAUGUUUUUCUUGCCCUAGGUUCUUUCUUCGACGACUCUCUCUCUCUCUCUCUCUCUCUCUCUUUCUCUCACUUAAACAGCGGCAAGCGACGAUCGGAGAUCGGUGACAGUGAAGGUGAGCAGCGAUCGAAGCCUCAAUUGGAAGGCUGAUGAUUGUCAUGCCUAUCAACUCCUGAAGAAAGGUGGGCUUAAAGAUGAAAACAUCAUUGUUUUCAUGUAUGAUGACAUUGCUCAAAAUGAAGAGAACCCCAGGCCUGGAAUCAUAAUCAACAGUUCCCAUGGUGAUGAUGUAUACAAAGGAGUGCCAAAGGAUUAUACUGGGGAAAAUGUCACUGUUAACAACUUUUCUGUUAUCCUUGGAAAUAAGACUGCUCUUACAGGGGGGAAGUGGAAAGAUUGAGGAUAGUGGUCCAAAUGACCAUAUUUUCAUAUUUUACAGUGAUCAUGGGGGUCCUGGGGUGCUUGAUUGGUUUUUGAUGACGUUUGGAAGCAUACUUGCAAAUCAAGAUUGAAUUUUUUUUCCCCUUGAACUGAUACUUAGUUGUAGUUGCAAAUCAAGAUUGAGUGUUGAUUUAAAGUUGUUUGAUGAAUAUAUUUUGAUUUAUAAUAUAAAUUGUUUAGUGAAUUUUUUUGUAGAGUGGUGUAUAAUAAUUAGUGGAUUUUUUUAGUACAAUUAAAAGGUUAUUGGGAUAUGAGCAGGGAUAUUUGUGAAAUAAUCAUUUAAAUUGAAAUAUAAAAUAUAGAAUAAGUUUAGUGACGAAUUUGUUUUGUCAUUUGUACUUG